AUGAUUUUUGGGAAGUUAAAGGAACCGAUUGAUUCAGAUAAAUACGAUAAAAGAAGAAAAUUUCAAAGACAUAGAGACCAGCCAGAAGGUGUAAACCAAAAGAAACUCAAUGAUACAGCAACAAUAAACUUCACAGUUCUUGAUGCAGAUGAUUUAAACCCUGUUUUUACCAGGAAGAAAUAUUACGCUUUAGUGAACCACAACGCCGAACUGGGGACGAUUUUAGCAGUAGAACCACCGAUCGAAGCUUACGACCCAGACUACACUUUUAACGAAACAAUCAAAUUUUCUAUUGAUGAUGCUGAUAGCAUUCCAUAUGAAAUUCAACCCUAUAACGGUACAGUUUACAUAAAGAAACACCUGGAAGUCGGAUCUACUACUUAUGUGGUCAGGGGUGUUCAAGCAAAUAACGAAGAAAGGUUCUGUAUUGCUCUCCUACAAGUUGAUGUUCUUGCCCAAAACGAUACGUCUUUGAUAUUUUCAAAAUCCUUCUAUGAAGCAGCUGUGGUUGAAAAUGCCCCCGUUGGAACAAAUAUUCUUACUUUACCUGUCAUAUACAAAGCCAAAGCGCCUCUUAUUUUUGGCUUCAAAAACCGAACAGAUGUCUUUCGAAUUGAUGAAAGACUUGCAGAAUACAAUCGGCCGUCUAACAUUAUGAUAUCUAAAAAAGUAUUUAGCAAUAUGUUGACAUAUAGAAAUGAGUUCGGUGCGGUUUGUUCAACGUUUCCAAACGAAUCGCCAGAGAGUUUCUCCAUAAAGGUUGACCAUAUUGAUGAAGGAAGGGGGGCUUGGUUUGAUCGUGGAAUACAAAAUGGGUAA